CGAAAUCUCACUCAAACACGGUACACAAACACCAAACAGUAAUGACUUCUGUCAAAGUCCAACUCUAGAGGAACAGAACGCACCGAGAUAUGUCGGUAGUCAGAGGGGUUGAGCUUGACCCACCCCCCCUGGGUCUGGAGGUUGAGUUUCGGACUAUCUUCACCCCUGAGGCCCUGAAUUUUGUCUCUGAACUUGCUUCUACCUUUCAACCAGAGGUGGACAAGGUUUUGAAACUGAGAGUGUUAAGGAAGGCCCAGCUGGAUUUGACAGGAGAGCUCCCAGGGUUCUGUAAAGACACCGCCCAUAUUCGAGCUGACCCUGACUGGAGAGUGAGCCCUCUUCCACCCAGACUGCGCUGUAGACACGUGGACAUCGGAGACCUGGCCCCCUGUGACACACAACGUUUUAUACAGGGCCUCAAAUCCACUGCACAGGGAAUACAGGUUGAUUUUGAUGAUGGAAACUGUCCAACAUUCCGCAAUCAGAUAAAAGGCAUCUAUAAUGUGUACCAAGCUGUGCAUAACCAGUUUCAUGAUGCCCCGCCCAUCUCACAGGCUCCUGUACUUAUGCUCCGCCCACGUGCAUGGAACAUGGUGGAACACAAUAUGAUGGUAAAUGGUAGGGAGAUACCUGGCCCGUUGUUUGACUUUGGGCUGCUGAUGUUUCACAAUGCACACUUGCUCCUUCAGAACCAAAGUGGGCCUUUCUUCUAUUUGUCCAAGGUGGAGAGUUACCAUGAAGCAAGAUUAUGGAAUCAGAUUUUCCUGUGGGGUGAAGAGAAACUUGGCAUGCCGACAGGCUGCAUAAAAGCGACUGUGUUGAUCGAAUGUGUGCUGGCGUCGUUUGAGAUGGAGGAGAUUCUUUAUGAACUCAUAGAGCACUCUGCAGGAUUAAACUGUGGCAUCUGGGAUUACUCCGCCUCUUUUGUCAAUAAAUUUGGUCAUCGAGGUGACUUUCUGCUCCCUGACCGUAGUAAAUAUGUGAACAUGGAAAAGCGUUUCUUGCGGAGUUACAUGGAUCUGCUCAUACAGACCUGCCACCGGAGAGGUACCAUAGCAACGGGUGGUAUGGCAGCACUGCUAUUGCCUGAAGACAAAGACAGCCCGCAGUACAAGACUGUCCUGGAUACUGUUACCAGACUAAAGUUACUGGAGAUCAGGGCUGGAGUUGACGGCUUCAUGGUGUAUGACAUGGAUCUGAUUGAACCCAUGCAAAAACUGUUCCUGGUCCACUGUCAAGGUGAGAACGAAAUGCAGCAGCUGCGCGAUGACCUCACCGUGACCCCUGAGGACUUGCUAACCAUGCCAGCUGGUGGAGUAACACUGUAUGGACUGAAGUAUAACAUUGCUGUGGGAAUCCUUUUUAUUGAGGCUUGGCUCUCAGGCAGAGGACAUUUCUUUUAUAAGGGCCAAGUAGAGGACUCAGCCACUGCGGAGAUCUCCCGCUCUCAGGUGUGGCAGUGGAUCCGUCACCAGGUCACGCUGGAGGAUGACGAUGUGACAGUGACGUAUGGGCUGGUACGCCGCCUAGCGCAGGGGCUGAUGGGGGAUCUGAUGGCCGUCCUCUCCUCUCACACAUACAGGGAUGAGCAGAGGCUACUCACGGCUAUGUCCAUGUUUCUGGAAAUAGUGCAGAAGAGUGACUUCCCAGAAUUCCUCACCACUUAUCUAAACCUGGACCACACUUUCCUGAGUCAACAAACCCAGCAAAAGAUGGAGAUGCUACCCAAAGCCAAGCUUUAACCUGCAUGGUGCCAGGCUACAGCUAGAAACCUCAACGCUGAAACCAAGGACGGAGGAGUUAGGAAACUCAUCGCUAAGCAGCUUCAUUUAAAGGAAGGUUAAGUUGAUUUUAAGGAAAAGAAAAUGAAUGUAUUAAUGCGCUCGUUUUCAUGGACUGAAUUGCUCCUACAAUGUCUAUGUCAUAAUUCACCAGGCAAACCCUCCUUGGAGUCACUGAAUUAUAAUGAUUCAUAAUCUGACCUGUAUGCUGACAGAGACACCUCUCCCUCCCAUUCACCAGUUCUACACCAUGUAAUCAUUAAUCUAUGGGAUUAUUCUAACUCUAAACAACAGCAGACAAACAUCAUCAGACACUGGCCACUGCACAUACAAACCUCUAGCAGUCGGACCACACUACAACCACAACCACAACUGAAUUAUCCAUCAUUUAUAUCUUCUGUAAAUUAAAAGUGACAUGCUUUCCACUCAGUCCUAAAUGCAUUUUAACCAAUGCGCCACACAGCUGUAUGAGUGUAAACGUGUUCCUGUCAGUUAACAAACACUGUGUGUGUGAAUAAAGUUGGCAUACAGAA